CUGUCUCGAGCUCUGAAACUACCUGUGCGCGUGCUCUCUCGCGUGGUCUUUAACAGUUAACCAAACAUUUCGACGUGGAUGUUUGCUCUCUCAAGCUGCACGAGACUUCAGCCUCUCCUCUAGCCUUGAACCCAGCACUGCAGCCCUGCCAUCAGCAGCAUGGACUCUCACACGCCCCAGUCGAAUCGGCGCCACAACCCUGUGGACAGCAUCUGCCGCAAACUGCAGACCAUUCAGUGGCGUGGUGACCGCGAGCCCAAUUCACCUUUUCAGAUUCCAAAACUGUCCUCCAGCAAUUACGACAGCCCACAGAGUGGCCUCCGGCACAACCUGGAAACCAUCCUGAAGAAAGGGACCCCCCACAGAGACGAGAGGGGGAAGGAGAAAGUGAAGGAGAAGGAGAAGGGGAGAGGGAUGGGUACUGCAGCUUCCCAGAGGAGCAGCCUGGGUCCCUCUAUUCCUCUGUCCACCCCAGCAUGCAAACCCCCCAUGCCAACUAACAUCACAUACGCUAUCACUAGCACUCUAGGUGAGAGGAGAGGUGCCGAUGGGAGUGAUUUAAGACAAGUUAAGACAUUGCAGAGGUAUUGUUCAACGCCAACAUGCCCGUCCAAAGAAUCCCCUUACUUUACAUUCACACGAGGAACGCAGCCGGUGCAGCCCGAGAGGCAGAGCAGGAGCCCGCCUCUGAAUUGUACCUUCACCCCGAACAACAGCACCCUCUCCUACAACCUCAACUUCUGCUCAGCGGACAAGGGGAACUCGACAGAGUGUGAGCUGUCCUACCCGGCUCUGGUUGUGAAAAGGCUGUCUAUGGGAGAUGGAGGAUCCGCAAUGACCUCUGAAAACAAGACGGAGAAUAUGGCAGAAAUCGGCCUGAUCUGUGAGGAGAAUCUGCUUGAUACCAUCUUCCAUGCCUCCGACACCCAGCGCCGAGGUAGAGUGUACGUGUCCCACAUUGUGGACUACCUACGGCACACCACAAGUCGCACCUCAGAAGACAGCGGACUAGAAGACCUUUGCAACAUGCUCGAUCCAGAACACAAAGACGUCUCUAUUGACCUGGAUACUUACCACGCCGUCAUGAAGGAGUGGAUCGAUGACUGCCGCAACAACGGGGAAGAGACAAUAGAUGACAUCACUCAGGACUCAGUCAAGCUCAGGGACAGCCUCUCUGCCAAGAGGUCCAUGCUGCUCAAUAUGACCUCAGGAAGUUUGGAGGCCUUUGGAGGGGAGGCAUCCAGAGCAGAAUUUGAGACAUCAGAGCUGGUGUAUUGUGUUGCUGACCUUCAGAUGAGCAACCAAAAGCUCCAGGAGGAGGUUAGGAAGCUGAAGCAGGUGGUGGAGGCCAUGGAGGAUGGCAACCAGAAGCUGGCAGAGGAGAAUGAGGAGCUACGCAAUCAGGCCAGAGUUAACCAGCAGCUGGCCCAGAAGAAGAAGAUGCUGAAGGAGGAGGUGGAGGACAUGAAGGCCACUCUGAGCUGUACGGAGGAAGGCAGAGCUCGUGCCUCCGCACACAGCAAACAUGUGGAGAGAGAGAACCAGAGUCUUAUUGCCAAGAUCGCUUGUCUUCAGGAAGAGAACUUCAAGGUCACCAUGGAGACAGACGAGCUUCAGAGGAGAAUAACAGAGCUGUGUGACAUUAACACUGACCUUCAGGUGCAAAUUCAAUCUUUUGAUGCUGUUGUUAGUCUAAAGGAAGCUGUGAUACUAGAGAAAAGCAGACAGAUCAACGAGCUGAAGUCAACAGUAGAGGAAUACUCCUCCAUCACAGAGCUGCUGAGGGCAGACAAGAGCAAGAUGGAGGCCCAGAUGCAGAUGAUGCACCCAGACCUGUCCGGGGCUGGUCUGUCCCUGUCGGUGGCCUACCAUUUGAACCAGAACAGCUCAGGAUCCCUACAGACAGAGUUGGCUAUGGCACAGUCACCACUGGAGGCUCCCCAUGUAGUUGACCAUUUGUCCACCACUAUGAGCUUCGCCUCCACGUUGGAUGAGACGCUGGACAGGGAAGUGUUGCUGAUGCUGCAGGGACCCAACCCUGAACACAUGGCUCUGGAGUUCAAGAACCUCAUUAAUAAACUGAAAAAGGAUUUCACAGAAGAAACCAACUCUGUCUUGUCUACAGCCAGAGGCUUGCUGGACAACUGCGCACAGCCAUCAGGCACGGACACCAGUCUGCAGACGGUGCAGGCCGAGCUGGACACGAGAAGGGCCGACUGGGCCCUCAGCCUAGACCAGCUGGCCCAGUACACAGGCUCACUGGAGAAGGAGCUGAUCAAAAUGGCCAGUAACAUGAGGAGGUCCCGCACCGAGAUCCUGCACCUUUCAGUCAGGGUGCAGGAGCAGGAGAACCAAAAGCGGCAUCUGUGUGAGGAGCUGGAGCAGCUAAAGACACCUCAGGACAGCAGAGAGGCCUCAUGCCAGACACCUGCACCAGAGGAAGAGCCUGGAGAUGACUUGGACUGGGAUGAGGAGUUCGCCCUUCAAGACUUCCUGAAGAACGAGUUGGCAGAGAGGAAUUGCCAAGAACAAGGCGGGCGAGCGGUCAAAGGUGAAGAUGAGGAAGUGGAUGAGAAGUGGACGGUGGUGGACACAGCUGGAGAAGGAGAAGUAAGGGACACGUCUACUCCGCUGUCUGCCCUCUCUGGGGACGCCCAGCCUGGGCAUGGUGAAACAGGAGGGGGUCAAGACUCUGCAGCCUGCACAGAGUUAGAGCCAGAGGAGAACUGUCAGUCUUUGCAGGAGGAGGCAGCAGCAGUGCCAUUGAGCACCCACUCACAAGCUGUCAGCAUUAGAUACCCAGAGGCGGAUGCUCUCCCUGAUCUGCUCCACUCAGAGAACAACGAUGCAGAAGCUCUAGAGAAUGCAGAGCCUCCCUCCUGUGGUCAAGCCCAAAAUCUGAGCAACUCAUCUGAACAGGACCAAACGGUCACACUUAGUAACACCCCUCCCACAUCAGCCCAGAUGUUUCCUCCCAGCAGCACAUCACCUGGACGAGAUGAGAUCAUUACCCUGACUGAGAGCACCCAACCGACCAGUGAGGACCACUCCGGAGAAGAAGAGAAAGAAGGCAAGCCGGACUCGAGUGCAGGAGACAUGAGUCGUACUAAGAGCCAGAGCCGGGACCAGUCGGCAGACAGGACAGCAGCGGAGGACAGCACGUGUCUGCUACCUGUGUUGGUUGAAGAGGAGGAGAGUGUGCAGGACAGUACAGCCGAGGUGCCAACAAUAGCCGCCGGCAUGGAAGGGACAGACCGGCUCACCAGCAGCGGAGCGACCACCUUCUCUGACAGCAGCCCGACUCGGUCAGGAUCGUCCGUCAUACAUGCCAGCCAAUCUGGGAGCGGCAUGGACAGCAUGACCUCUGACCCCAGCCAAUCGGAGGAUAGUGCAGCCAAAAAACACUCCCUCCCCCUAUCUGGCAAAAAUAAGAGGGAACUGGAGCUGUCACGCAGCAUGGAGGGCAUCAGGGAGCACGAGGACCAAAGUGAGACCAGCAUGGCUACUGAGAAUGAAUCUGAGUCGUCAAUGAUCUCGGACCCCGGCGACACCUCCAAAGAGGACAGGAAGAGCCUGUCACCUAAUGACAAGGAGAUAGAGGCGGAGUUCCAGCGUCUGGCAUUGGGCUUCAAGUGUGACAUGUUCACAUUGGACAAGAGACUCCGGCUGGAGGAGAGGUCACGUGACCUGGCAGAGGAAAAUGUCCGCAGGGAGGUGUCCAGCUGUCAGGGCUUACUGCAGGCUCUGACUCCUCUGUGUGAGGACGACAACCAGUCCAUGGAGAUCAUCCAGAGGCUCCAGAAGAACCUGGAAAUCCUGAUCCAGUCCAUGACCAGGGUGUCCAGUCGCUCUGAGAUGCUAGGAGCUAUUCACCAGGAGAAUCGCAUUGGUAAGGCUGUGGAGGUGAUGAUCCAGCAUGUGGAGAACUUGAGGAGGAUGUACACCAAGGAGCACGCCGAGCUGCUGGAGCUGAGAGAGGCGCUCAUGCAGAACGAGAGGUCGUUUGGAUCACAAACGGAAAGAGAUGACUUCCGUGGCAAGAAGCAGCCAACACAGUACUACAAGUCGUCAACCCGGAGAGUCAGCAUUGCAGGAAUCCCCCGCUCUGGUGGAGCCAACAUGCAGUUCGAUAUGUCUAAAACACAAGACUGCUCAGAGGCUGAAACGGAGAGACUGACCAGGCGAUCCCCAUGGAAUGUGGCGGGGAAGAGCACUGCGCGCCCCCCACUUAAGCGCUAUGUUAGCUCUGCGGCCUGGCUUGACACUGAAGAGCCCUCUCUCAUGAUGAAGGGGACGGCCUACGACAACACCGACUGCCAGUCGGCGGAAGAGCAGAAGGAGGAGCCGGUGGCAGAGAGGAGGAGGUCCAGUCUCAGUGAGCUGGGCAGCAAACUCACCUCCCUCAUAUUGCCCCUCAAGACUCCGAGCCCCUCCUCAAGCCCUACGUCCACAGACCCAGGAAUGGCCCAGUCUCUGUCCCACAGCCUGACCGCCUCCCGGGCGGCUGCAGCUGCAGCAGUAGCCAGAAGUGGCAGGGGUCUCUGGCUUUGGUUAGCGAUGGUGGUGGUGCUAGCAGGUCUCCUGGCACUGCUGGCCAGCCUGGUGAUGCAGCCAGCGGUCGAUGCAGCCCCUGUGGGGACCGGGGACUCCUGGAUGACCAUCCAGCAGCUGCUGUGGCCCUACACAGGGCUCCGGCAUAACGGACAGCCUCCCGUCUAGCCCCCGAGACCCCCCCCCGGGUUGGAUGGUGUUACCGCCCAUCAGCCCUCUGCAGAAAUGAUCCACCCACUGAAGUGGUGAUGAAGAAAGUACAGAGCACCACUCCUGAUCGGAGGCUGUUGGGAUGUUUACUGGUGCCUGAAGAUUCCCAAAAACACAAGACUUGCGUUGACAGCACAAGCCAGGCCUCCGGGGAUAGUUAACCCUAUGAGGGAUUUUAUGCAUCAUAUCACGUUUGCUAAAUUAGUCUAUUUGUGUGUGUGUGUGUGUGUGUGUGUGUAUGCGUUUGUCUGUGUUUUUGAGAAGCAGUUACAGGUGGUGGAAACAAAUGUCCCUAAAGAAGCUGCUCAACAUCCUCAACACAUUAUGAUGCAGGUUGAUCAGUUAUCAGAGCUGGUACAACGUUGACUAAUCAUGUCACACAAUGGGCCUCUGUGCAGUUUUCCAUUGACUUACAUCAUGGAUGAUGGCUCCAAUUGUGCCACAUGGCUUUUUAAAUACAUUUCAUGCACUUGAGGAAACAGGAGGGGACUGCCAGCCUUUUUAGUGGAAUAUUCCAGAGGAUAUUUUAUAACUUAAGUCUAUGAACUCUUGAAAUCUAUAUUUAUGAGUUUGUUCUAUUUGAGUGGGGAUUUGUGAAUAUCUUUGUAUUAUUAAGUUAUAAUUCUAAACAUUGUUAGUUUUAACACCAAAGUUUUAUUUUUUUUUAUGUUCUCUUUAAGUUCUUGCUGUGGUUGUCACCGUUUUCAACUUCAUACUAUUUUGUAUGUUCCAAAGAAGAUGCGUGGAACUUUGCACAAAUAAAGUUUGUUUCUACAAUAG